AAGCUACCUAACCAAGAAAGAAGAGCAGCAGAGCCGUGUUUAAUCAACCGUGAGCUCGAUCCCUUCCUCGUCAUCUCAUCAAGGUCGACCAAUGGCGUUUCUGGGAGGACCAUUGCGCAUGACGAGGAGCAUCGGCGGCUGGAAGAUGAUGGAGGGGAAGAGCCACGGCGGGUCAGGGUCUGGGCGGCAAGCGCCGGCGCCCAUGAGGCAGCUCUUCUGGAGAGUGAGGCGCGCCAUGCUGCGGCCGAAGUGCCGUGCCCUGAGUUUCGGGUACGACCUCAAGAGCUACUCCCAAAACUUCGAUGACGGCCUCGUCACUGCCCACCGCCUCUAGGUAGCCACACCCGCAGGGUCUUCUACUUCUUCUUCUCAAUUUUACUUGCCGCCUGGCCGGACCAUCACCCGAGGCUGGAGAGUUUGAAGCGUCGUCACCUUGUGAUCUGCUCCUCCUCUAGUUCAGCUACGAGUGUAUAUUAGACAGUAUUGUUCAUAUACAAGUUGCUUACUGUUAAAAGUCUGAAACCGCGAAUGAAAUGACAAUGUAUCUAUGUGCUUCUAUGUACGUAGACUGCAAGCCGUGUCACUUGCCACAGUGGAAUGGGAUUUAAAUUAUUUCUGUUUA